AUGUCUAUCGAUACAGAUAUUCUGAUUAUUGGAGCUGGCCCAUCUGGCAUAGGCAUGGCCGUCCAGCUCGUACGCAACUUCGGGACACGAAACUUUGAAAUCAUUGAGAAGGCAUCCGAUAUUGGUGGAACGUGGUUUGUUAAUUCAUAUCCAGGCUGCGGAUGUGAUGUUCCAUCGCACUUUUAUUCUUUCUCCUUUGCUCUGAAUCCUUACUGGUCACGUAAAUUUGCUUUGCAGCCAGAGAUUCAUCAAUACUUUGAGUCUGUUGUCAGCCAGUACGAUAUUCGUCCUCAUGUGAGAUUCCACUCUGCUGUUGUAUUGGCCGAGUACGAUCCCGAUACGGCCAGCUGGAAAGUGGUCAUUGAAGACCAGAGAACCAAACGCAAAAUCCAAAAGCGCUGUAGGAUUCUAAUUUCGGCCGUUGGUGCCCUUUCGGUCCCAAAGAAAUGCGAUAUCCCCGGGGCCGAGAACUACAAAGGCCGACUUUUCCACUCAGCCAAGUGGGAGCACAGCUUCGAUUAUAAAGACAAAGAAGUGAUCUGUGUUGGAAACGGUUGUAGUGCCACACAGUUUGUGCCAGUUAUGAGUACCGGUCCAAACAAAGUCAGGAGAAUCACUCAAUUUUCCCGUCAGGCUCACUGGCUGUCUCAGAGACCGAACCCUGAAUACUCUUCCGGUUUUCAGUUCUUGAUGCGCUGGAAAGACUUUGCAGGCUUCCAUAUGCAAAAUGGCCAAAACCUCCGAAAUGAUUGGACAGCCGCUACUACAGAGUAUAUUCAAAAGAAUUGUCCAGCUAAAUAUCGGGACUUCCUAGUCCCAAACACCGUCAUUGGCUGUAAGCGUAGAGUUAUGGAUACGGACUAUCUUGCCUGCCUGCAUCGGAAGAACGUUGAACUAAUCUAUGAUGAUCCAAUCGACCAUAUCACCGAGAGUGGAAUCCUGACCAAGUCUGGUCGAGCGAUUGAUGCGGAUGCGAUCGUCCUCGCUAAUGGGUUCGAGACCCAGAAGCCAUUGUUCCCAAUGGAGAUCCGCGGGCAAAACGCGCAAGAUAUUUCCGAUCACUGGCUUGAGUUCGCAGAUGGCUCCCCUGAAGCAUACUUCGGAACAUGUCUGUCGGGGUUUCCAAACUUCUUCAUUCUGAUGGGGCCAAAUACACUUUCUGGACAUUUGUCUGUGCUUUAUACCACAGAAUGCCAGAUAAAUUUCAUUGUCCGGGUCAUCCGUCCGAUCUUGAAUGGGCUUAAUCGCUCAUUGCUGCCUUUUUUGCCUGGAAUUGAAUACCCUGAAUCCGUUGCUGUUACUCCGAUAGCGGAACGUAGGGACGUUUCUAUGACCGACCAUAAAGCGAAGCAGUUGGUCUGGGCCACUGGCUGCACUUCAUGGUUCAUUGAUCCCAGCACUGGGAGAAAUACCAUCAUGUUCCCAGAUUGGCAAUUCAAGUUUCACCUCCGCAGCAUCUUCAUCCAGUGGGCAGAUUUUGUUUACAAGAAAUCUCUCAGGAGAUCUCCUCGAGAGGCUGUAGUUGUUCCACAGUACCCACUCUUGGUUGCUGCUGGGAGCAUCGUGCUCGUUGGAACCCUGCUCGGGCUAUCCUCUUUGGGGAGCUUCAAGUCGUCGACACUGGCCGCCAUGAAACAGUAUGUCUCAGACCUUUUCCCGUGA